GUCGCCGCUUCCCAAACACUCUCCGGGGGGCUGUGCGCGACGCCCGCCGCGGAGAGUCCGGACCAGGUGCCCGCGGCCGCUUCCCUCCACGCCCACAGACCGGGAACAAAGUUGCCGAGAGCCAGCGGGCCGAGCGCGCAGCCGGGGGCGCUCUGGCCGCUCCGCGCGCGCCCAUGGGGGGAGGCGGCGGCUGCGGAGCGCACGGCGGCGGCCGGGGCGGCGGCGGCGGGGCGGCCCGAGGGGAUGUAGCAGCAGUCGGGGGGCUCGGCCGAGCGCAGUAGACGGAGCCCCCGCGCGGCGGGGACGGCAGCCGAGGCGACCCGGCUUCGCAGCGCCCGGACCUGAGCCUGUCCUCGGACGGCGGCCGCGGCGCCCGAGUGCUUCCCGGAGACCCCAGGCGGCGACGCGAGCCCCCGAGAGGAGGGGGCGGCCCUGCGCGCGGAGGAGCAGGAGGCCCGUGCGUCCCCGCCUUCCCACCUCUCCGCCGCUCGAACUCCCUAAAAAUAACUCAGGCCCGCGGGGGCCGGGAGGAGCCGCCGCCGUACCCGAGAGGAGCCGGGGAGGCGUGUCGAGCCCGGGCCCGGAGGGAGCCUUCCCGGCCGCGCGGCGCGGAGGAAGCGGAGGAGGCGGAGGAAGAGGGAGCCCCGGGUCGCCGGGAGCCGCGGGGACCCUCGGGCCUCGCGCGCCCGCCGCCCCGCCGCGCGCCCCGGACCCCACCGCCCCGCCGCCGCCGCGGUUUGGCUGGUUGGCCCGAGGCGGGCGGGCGGAGCGCGCAGGGCGGAGGCGGCGGCGGCAGCGCUGGGCCGGGAGGAGGCGGCCGAGGGCGCGGAGCGGCCCCGGCCCGGGCCGCGGGGGGAGAUGGCGUCCUACGUGGAUAACAGCUUCCGCCAGGCGGUGAUGAAGAACCCGGCCGAGAGGACCCCCCAGGAUCUGGAAAUAGUGUAUUCCUAUUUACAUGGUAUGGAAGCCUUAUCCAACCUGAGGGAGCAUCAGCUUAGGUUAAUGUGUGAAACUGUGAGAUACGAAAGACAUGAAGCCAAUGAAGUUUUAUACUAUCCUGAUGAUAUUGGGACCUGCUGGUACAUCCUUCUCUCUGGUUCCGUGUUCAUCAAGGAAUCCAUGUUUCUUCCACGAAGCAGUUUUGGCAAGCGUUCUGCAGGAAGCUUUAGGCGUGGCUGUGAAUGCAUUGUGUUAGAGCCGUCUGAAAUGAUUGUGGUAGACUAUAUGGAUGAAAAUGAAGAAUAUUUUCAGCGUCAAGCUUCUCAUCGACAGUCUCGAAGGAGAUUUAGAAAAAUCAACCAGAAAGGGGAAAGACAAACGAUCAUUGACACAGUGGAUCCUUAUCCUGUGGGCAAACCACCUUUGCCUAGAGGUUACCACACGGAAUGCACUAAAUCCCAGCUUCCUGCAGAUUUCACAAAGCUACACCUCACUGACAGUCUCCACCCACAGGUGACCCACGUCUCCUCCAGCCACUCAGGAUGUAGCAUCACUAGUGAUUCUGGAAGCAGCAGUCUUUCUGAUAUCUACCAGGCCACAGAAAGUGAGGCUGGUGAUAUGGACCUGAGUGGGUUGCCGGAGACAGCAGUGGACUCUGAGGACGAUGACGAUGAAGAGGACAUUGAGAGGGCCUCAGACCCUCUGAUGAGCAGGGACAUUGUGCGGGACUGCCUGGAGAAGGACCCCAUUGACAGGACAGACGAUGACAUUGAACAACUCCUGGAAUUCAUGCACCAGUUGCCGGCUUUUGCCAACAUGACUAUGUCAGUGAGGCGGGAGCUCUGUGCUGUGAUGGUGUUCGCAGUGGUGGAAAGAGCCGGGACCAUCGUGUUAAAUGACGGUGAAGAGCUGGACUCCUGGUCAGUGAUUCUGAAUGGUUCUGUGGAAGUGACUUAUCCAGAUGGAAAAGCAGAAAUACUCUGUAUGGGAAAUAGUUUCGGUGUCUCUCCUACCAUGGACAAGGAAUACAUGAAAGGAGUGAUGAGGACAAAGGUGGAUGACUGCCAGUUUGUCUGCAUAGCCCAGCAGGAUUACUGCCGUAUCCUCAACCAAGUAGAAAAGAACAUGCAAAAAGUUGAAGAGGAAGGGGAGAUCGUCAUGGUGAAGGAACACCGAGAGCUCGAUCGAACUGGAACAAGAAAGGGGCACAUCGUCAUCAAGGGCACCUCAGAAAGAUUAACGAUGCAUUUGGUGGAAGAGCAUUCGGUGGUGGAUCCGACGUUCAUAGAGGACUUCCUGUUGACCUAUAGGACUUUCCUCUGUAGCCCGAUGGAAGUGGGCAAAAAGUUGUUGGAGUGGUUUAAUGACCCGAGCCUCAGGGAUAAGGUUACACGGGUAGUAUUAUUGUGGGUGAAUAAUCACUUCAAUGACUUCGAAGGGGAUCCUGCGAUGACUCGAUUUCUCGAAGAAUUUGAAAAUAAUCUGGAAAGAGAGAAAAUGGGUGGACAUCUAAGGCUGUUAAAUAUUGCAUGUGCAGCUAAAGCAAAAAGAAGAUUGAUGACACUCACAAAGCCAUCCCGAGAAGCUCCCUUGCCUUUUAUCUUACUUGGAGGCUCAGAGAAAGGAUUUGGAAUCUUUGUUGACAGUGUAGAUUCAGGUAGCAAAGCAACUGAAGCGGGCUUGAAACGAGGGGACCAGGUAUUAGAAGUAAAUGGUCAAAACUUUGAAAAUAUUCAGCUGUCAAAAGCCAUGGAAAUUCUUAGAAAUAACACACACUUAUCUAUCACUGUGAAAACCAAUUUAUUUGUAUUUAAAGAACUUCUAACAAGAUUGUCAGAAGAGAAGAGAAAUGGUGCCCCUCACCUCCCUAAAAUUGGAGACAUCAAAAAGGCCAGUCGCUACUCCAUUCCAGAUCUCGCUGUAGACGUAGAACAGGUGAUAGGACUAGAAAAAGUAAAUAAGAAAAGUAAAGCCAACACUGUUGGGGGAAGGAACAAGCUAAAAAAGAUACUUGACAAGACUCGGAUUAGUAUCUUGCCACAGAAACCAUAUAACGAUAUCGGGAUUGGUCAGUCUCAGGAUGACAGCAUAGUAGGAUUAAGGCAGACGAAGCACAUCCCGACUGCACUGCCCGUCAGUGGAACCUUAUCAUCCAGUAAUCCUGACUUACUGCAGUCCCACCAUCGCAUUUUAGACUUCAGUGCUACUCCUGACUUGCCUGAUCAAGUGCUGAGGGUCUUCAAGGCUGACCAGCAAAGCCGAUACAUCAUGAUCAGUAAGGACACCACGGCGAAGGAAGUGGUCGUUCAGGCCAUCCGGGAGUUUGCCGUGACCGCCACCCCGGAUCAGUAUUCGCUCUGUGAAGUCUCCGUCACACCAGAGGGAGUGAUCAAACAAAGAAGACUUCCAGAUCAGCUUUCCAAACUUGCCGACAGAAUACAGCUGAGUGGAAGGUAUUACUUGAAAAACAACAUGGAGACAGAAACCCUCUGUUCAGAUGAGGAUGCUCAGGAGUUGCUGAGAGAGAGUCAGAUCUCCCUGCUGCAGCUCAGCACCGUGGAGGUGGCCACGCAGCUCUCCAUGCGGAACUUUGAGCUCUUCCGCAACAUCGAACCCACUGAGUAUAUAGAUGAUUUGUUUAAGCUCAAGUCAAAAACCAGCUGUGCCAACCUGAAGAAAUUUGAGGAAGUCAUUAACCAGGAGACGUUUUGGGUAGCCUCUGAGAUUCUGCGGGAGAUGAACCAGCUGAAGAGGAUGAAGAUCAUUAAGCAUUUCGUCAAGAUAGCUCUGCACUGUAGGGAGUGCAAGAAUUUUAACUCCAUGUUUGCCAUUAUCAGUGGCCUAAACCUGGCACCAGUAGCAAGACUGCGAACCACCUGGGAAAAACUUCCCAAUAAAUAUGAAAAGCUGUUUCAAGAUCUCCAAGACCUAUUUGAUCCUUCCAGAAACAUGGCAAAAUACCGCAACGUCCUCAACAGUCAAAACCUGCAGCCUCCCAUCAUCCCCCUGUUCCCAGUGAUCAAGAAGGAUCUCACGUUCCUCCACGAGGGGAAUGACUCCAAAGUCGACGGGCUGGUCAAUUUCGAGAAGCUCAGAAUGAUUGCAAAAGAAAUUCGUCAUGUUGGCCGAAUGGCCUCUGUGAACAUGGACCCCGCCCUCAUGUUCAGGACGCGGAAGAAGAAGUGGAGGAGUCUGGGGUCUCUCAGCCAGGGUAGUACAAACGCAACCGUGCUAGACGUUGCUCAGACAGGUGGUCAUAAAAAGCGGGUGCGUCGUAGCUCCUUUCUCAAUGCCAAAAAGCUUUACGAAGAUGCCCAAAUGGCUCGAAAAGUGAAGCAGUACCUGUCCAAUUUGGAGCUCGAGAUGGACGAGGAGAGUCUGCAGACGUUAUCCCUGCAGUGCGAGCCAGCCACCAACACAUUGCCUAAGAAUCCUGGUGACAAAAAGCCUGUCAAAUCCGAGACCUCCCCGGUGGCCCCGAGGGCGGGGUUGCAGCCAAAAGCGCAGCCUCAGCCGCAGCCCCAGCCACCGCAGCCGCCGCAUAAACUCAACCAAGGUCUGCAGGUUCCCGCUGUGUCCCUGUAUCCUUCUCGAAAGAAAGUUCCCGUAAAGGAUCUCCCACCGUUCGGCAUAAACUCUCCACAAGCUUUAAAGAAAAUCCUUGCUUUGUCUGAAGAAGGGAGUCUGGAGCGUCACAAGAGACCAGCAGAAGACACGAUAUCCAACGCGUCUUCCCAGCUCUCCUCUCCCCCGACCUCUCCACAGAGCUCGCCGAGAAAAGGUGGCAGUGGCCAUCAGCUGAGAUCUUUUGGCUCCGGGCAGUUGGACUUAACCAGCUCCUCCUCUUCUCUUGGAAGCUACACUUUGGCUCCGAGCGGCACCGUGGAUAACUUCUCAGAUUCCGGCCACAGUGAGAUCUCUUCACGAUCCAGUAUCGUCAGCAACUCCUCCUUCGACUCGCUGCCCGUCUCACUGCCCGAUGAGCGGCGCCAGAGGCCAUCGGUCAGCAUCGUGGAGACCAGCCUGGCCGCGGGCCGGCCGGAGAGGCGGCCACUGGUGGAGCCUGACCAGUACAGCCUGGGGUCCUGCGCACCGCUGUCUGAGAGCCGGGGCUUGUACGCUGCAGCUACAGUGAUCUCUUCUCCCAGCACGGAGGAGCUUUCCCAAGACCAAGGGGACCGAGCCUCACUUGAUGCCGCCGACAGUGGCCGAGGGAGCUGGACGUCGUGCUCGAGCGGCUCCCACGAUAACAUCCAGACCAUCCAGCACCAGAGGAGCUGGGAGACGCUCCCCUUCGGGCACACUCACUUUGAUUAUUCAGGGGACGCCGCAGGGCUGUGGGCCUCGAGCAGCCACAUGGACCAAAUCAUGUUUUCUGACCACAGCACAAAGUACAACAGGCAGAGUCAAAGCCGAGAGAGUCUCGACCAAGCCCAGUCCCGGGCAAGCUGGGCCUCCUCCACGGGGUACUGGGGAGAAGACUCGGAGGGGGACACAGGCACAAUCAAGCGAAGAGGGGGGAAGGACGUCUCCCUCGAAGCUGAAAGCAGCAGCAUGACGUCUGUGACGGCAGAAGAAGCCAAACCCGUUGCCAUGGCUGCCCACGUGGCCAUGCCGCCCAGCGCUGCCAAGGGGCUUAUUGCGAGGAAGGAGGGCCGCUACCGGGAGCCGCCGCCCACCCCGCCGGGCUACGUGGGCAUCCCCAUCACCGACUUCCCCGACGCCCACCCGCACCCUGCCCGGAAGCCACCGGACUACACCGUGGCACUGCAGCGGUCCAGGAUGCUGGCCCGGCCGGCCGAGCCCCCCGCCCCAGGCACCGCCAGGCCCACCCCUCGGCCGCAGUGGCACCGGCCCAGCGACAGCGACCCACGCUCUGGCCCCUGUGCGCCCCCGGGCCUCGCCGCCGAGGAGGACGAAGACGAACAAGUGUCUGCUGUUUGAGGCAUGGGCUCCUCUGGACCCACGUCGGCCGCCCACAGGAGAGCACAAGACAUCCCCUAGCUUCGGAGCCUUGGAACUCACACUCUGAGGAUGGUGGACCAGUUUGCCUCCUUCCCUGCCUUAAAAGCAGCAUGGGGCUCCUUCCUCCCUCUUCCUGUCCCCUUUGCAUGUGAAAUACUGUGAAGAAACCGCCCUGGCACUUUUCUGCCUUCGUUGCUUGAAUGCACAGCGCAGCCAUCUCUGAGCUCCCGUGGCUGCCUGCCACAUCACACAGCAUCAUUCCAGACUCCAAGGUCAUCACCAUCGAGGAUUCACUCUGGCUGCACUUCUCCACACCUGGAAGGAUUUUUUAAAAAAAAUCUUCCUUUUAGAUUUCAGUCCAGUCCUAGCACUUGGUUUCAUUGGAAUCGCGAGAAAAGUCAGCCAUGGAACUACUUGGGGCCUUUUACCCACCAAGGAAGACAAAGAAAAACAAUGAAAUCCUUUGAGUACAGUGCUCGUCCGCUUGUUUACAAUGUCCUCCCUUUUUUUUUUCUUUUAAAUGAGUUUAAAGAUUGUGUUCAAAGAGUAAAUGUUAUAUCCAUUUAAUGAUUACAGUAUUAUUUUGAACCUUUAAGUAGGGUUGCCAGCCUGGGUUUCUCAAAAACCAAAUAUGCCGGACAGGGUGUGGUCACACCAGGAAGAGGGAAGACCGGCGCACAGCCCCUCUUCCUGUGUGCUGGCCACACCCGGGAAGUGCCCUAUCCUGGAAGCAUGAGAUGUUAGCCAAUUACCUAGAUCCCAAGGCCCCGGGCCCCUCCUUCCCCAGGGGCUGGGACUCUUCUGUACAACCGUUUGCACAUGGCCGGGGAGGGAACUGGGACUCUUGCGUCCUGUGUCUGAGCCUUAUGGAGCACAGGGCAGUGUCACCCAAGGGUGUGUCCUGCUCCAUCGAGACGGACGGCAAACCCCAUAUUGUUUUUAACUUAUGUUUCUUUGAUUUCUGUUCAUUUAGUCUUAGGGAUUCUCUUGCUUGUUUUUAAAGAGAAACGUUUAUAACUGGAUAGCAUUGCAGUGAAAGCAGCUCGGGGUGUUGUUGGCACUAAUGCCAGCUGUUCAUACUGCUCUUUCAAGACAGCCUCCCUGUAUCAGUCGAUCGAUGGGCAUGAGGGAAUAAACAAGCCUUUAACGUGAAAAUGAGCAAAAGAUCCAAAACCUGGUGCAAUCCGCCAGCCUUUGUUUGCAAGGCGGGUUGGUCACCAAAGACUGACCCGUAAGUGGCUUUACGGACGCUGAGAUGCAGAAGGCCUGAGUGUAGCGACCACCUGCUCACAGCUGCUAUUAACCCCAGAAGGACUGAGAUGACCCCUCCACUCUAUUUUUGUGUUGUUUUUGCACAGACUCCGGAAAAGUGAAGGCUGCCAAUCCGAGUAGUACUCAGAUGUGAGGAACUGCUGGUCUUGGAUUUUUUUUCCAUUAAAUUCAGCUGAUCAUAUUGAUCAGUAGAUAAACGUAAAUAGCUUCCAAUUUUAAAAGUCGAAUUGCAGUGUUUUUUCACUGUAUCAAAGCAAUGUCAGUGCUUUAUUUAAUAACUCUCUCCUGUAUCAUGACAUUUGUCCACUUGCUUAUAUAUUACAUUGUCAAUGAUGCAUUUGUAAUUUUACAUGUAAGAUGCAUUAUUUGCCAGUUUUCUUCUCUAGGCUAUGGACCUCAUGUGCAUAUAGAAAGACAGAAUUCUCGCUCUACACAAGUUGCACAAAUGUUAUCUAAGCAUUAAGUCACCGUAGAACAUAGGACUGUAACCUCAGUUCACUCUGUGAUGUCAAGUGCAGAAUGUACAAUUAACUGGUGAUUUCCUCAUACUUUUGAUACUACUUGUACCUGUAUGUCUUUUAGAAAGACAUUGGUGGAGUCUGUAUCCCUUUUGUAUUUUUAAUACAAUAAUUGUACAUAUUGGUUAUAUUUUUGUUGAAAAUGGUAGAAAUGUACUAUGUUUAUGCUUCUACAUCCAGUUUG